AUGCCCAAACGCGCCGAACGCGGUGUGACUGUUUUGCACGACCCCAGAGCGACACCCAGCAAUGAUGGAAGCAUUGCAGAGAUCGCUGUUGACGUGGUAGCUAUCCACGGACUAAACGGGGACGCCCAGCAGACAUGGACACAUCGCGAUUCCGGAGUCUUAUGGCUAAGGGACAUUCUUCCUGCGGAAAUACCAGCCAUCCGUGUUCUUACGUACGGAUAUGAUGCGCGGAUCGCCAACUUUACCGGCCAGCAACAUCUGAGAUCGAUUUCUAUCAAGCUGAUAAGCGAGCUUGUAGACCUUCGACGGACGGACGAGGUGAGCAGGUCCGAUAUGAUUCCGCUGGAAGCCGAUUCUCAUUCUAGCAUCCAGGAAAGACAUCGCCCCAUCGUGUUGGUUUGCCAUAGCCUUGGCGGGAUUGUGGCUAAAAAGGCUUUGUUACUUGAUCGACUCAGCGCCGACAAACUUGUCCAGGAUUGCGUCCGCGGGGUGAUGUUCUUUGGUACUCCCCAUAAUGGGAGUGAUAUUGCCGCAACUGGCAAGAUUUUGGCUACCCUAGUGUCGAAGAUUUCGCCCCUUAAUGCACCAAGAGCACUUCUCGGAAUGCUUCGAAAGAAUUCCCAAGAACUAUUUGAAAUGACAGAAGACUUCGUCAAACGUCGCGGCGAUAUCGAGCUGGUUGCGUUUUACGAAACCCGCAGAACCCGAGUCGGGUGUGUGUUCAAGACGAUGGUCGUGGAAAGGAGUUCGGCAAUCUUGAACGUCGGUCCUGAAAACGCCAUCCCUCAAGAUGCGGAUCACGCUCAGUUGGUCCGCUUCAGCGACGCCGAACAAACGAAAUUUCGACCAGUAGUGUCCCGUCUGAGGGAGUGGGUUGACAGGUUCAGGUGUGACCCUUCAUCUGAACCCACGCAAACGACCAGUGACAGGAGCAUUACAGCUAAUGCAGGCCAUCUUGCAGUCACGGAACCCAGGGCGGUAUUUCUCGGUCCUAGUGGGGAGCCAUGCCAAAGUUUAUACGGGAGAGCCGGCGAGCUUGCUGAGAUGGAAGAGUUUUUUAGUCGUGGUGGGUUUCAACGGCAUACAUUUGCGCUGUGCGGUUUGGGAGGGGUCGGAAAAACACGGGUAGCUCUGUGUUAUGUAUUGGGCCACAUUUUGCAAUACAAAUGCGCGGUUGUAUGGCUGAACGCUGGGUCACAAGCCUCACUUGAAAACGACUUCCAUCGUUUAUACGAUGCAUUGCAAUUGAGGUGCCCUGGUGACAAGAUUGAGGCAGUGAAAGGUUGGUUUUCUCAAAGCCAUAAUCAAAAAUGGCUAUUCGUUUUCGAUAACGCGAACAGUCCGGACAAGGUAGGACUGGAAAAGUAUAUACCAAUAGUGAACUGGGGCCAUAUAAUUUUCACGACCCGCGACCAGGCGGUUAUGGGAACGUUGUGCCAGCGGUGGAUAGAGCUUGAGCCACUGCCAAAAAAAGCAUCAGUGAGCCUUUUGGUCGAAACUUCAGGGCCAGCAAAUUCAAACCAACCCGACAUGCAAGCAGCAGAGGAGGUGGCUAAACUUCUGGGAUAUUUGCCGCUAGCCAUGGUCCAUGCCGCGGCGUUCAUGCGAUCGCGGCAUAAAACGUUCAGGCAAUACGGACGCAUGUUUGCCACUGGACGAGAACAACUCUUGAGAUAUUCUCCACGGGUUGGGUCACAAGAGAGUCCUGUGCUAAGAACCUGGGAGCUCAGUUUCAAGGAGCUCGAACAGGACUCACAAGAUGCUGUUGCUAUUCUUCUCUUAUUCUCAUUUCUGGACCCGGCUUCUAUACCGGAGAUUGUUCUGCACCGAGGCUGCACCGCGAACAGAAGAUGGGACGAGAACGGGGAAAUUGUGGAUGUUGCGGCCCAUGAGGAAGGGGUGGAAGAGGAAUUCGCGAGCCUCCUCGGCAAUGACUUUAGGCUGGAUGACGCAAUCGAACGACUACUUGCUCUGUCUCUUAUAAGCUGCCAAACAGGGCCAGAUAAGCGGCGAACGUUCUCAAUACAUCCACUAGUGCAGCAUUGUGUCGUUCACAGGUUAUCUGCCGGGGAAUUGAGGAGAUGGAGACGUCAAGCUCUCCUACUUGUGUGCCAUGCGUUCCCAAGGAACCGGAACGGGGUUAUAGGGCGAAGGCUGUUACCGCACCUGCGACGCGUGCUCCUCGAGUACGACGAGCUUGGUAAGUCCGGCGAUAGUCCGGACCAGACACCCAUUUUUCGGCACGCACUCGCCUCCACCCUUUUGUCGGCAUCUCGAUACUCGGAUACUCAUUGGAAAUGGGAGGCGAUAACGCGGACAAGGAAAGUCCUGAAGCACGACGAUGACCCAUUUUUGAACGCGGAACUUGCGCAUAGAGGGCGAGCUGUGCAAAGGAUGUCAGGGGACCCCGAUAUUGAGAAGAAAGUCCUUUGCGAAACCUUUGAUCCCGGGGCACAGGCCGGACAGCAGUCCAGACAGGCGAGCAAGAAAUACAAUGCCCAGUUGGGAGAAAUGAUUAUAUCCAGCGCCGGUGGACUAAUUCGGGAAGGGAAACUUCAGGCAGCAGAGGCAAAGCUCUGUCAGUGGAAGCCGCUGGGGGCCCCGUCGACGCUCGAACGCAUAACGCUAAGGGCCCAGCAGACGAACCUGUGCAAAAUACUGCGCCUGCGUGGAGUGUUUGAUCUCGCACUGGCCAAGCUAGAUUCCGUGUUCAGGGAGAGCGUGGGUGAUGCUUUUUUUGAGGGCAGCGGAUGGCAUAUGACUCUCGUUUGGGAGCUUGCCGGCCUGCUUUGUGAAGUCGGUGAUCCAAUUCGGGCGGAAAGGAUCCUCCUGGAUACAUUAGAACCGAUGGCAGAGGCGAAUAUCCUGGAUAUAAGAAACGGCCGCCGGCUCCGCUUGUCGCUCGUUGAAACAUAUCUCCAACGGCACAUGUUUGAACAGGCAGAGGAGCUUCUGUUCCGCCUCAAGGAUGCAUUCGAGUCUGACGGACAGCUGGACAAUCUGGCACAAGAGAGCGUGUUUCGUAUUUGGAUGAUGCUUGCUAGAAAGUCACAUAUGCAAUUCGCAUGGAGCGAGGCACUUUCGCGAUGGAGGAAAGCGCUCUCCGCGUUGGAGAGUAUUGGGUAUGGGCACGGUGCGCAUGCGGUGAUCGUGCGGAAGUCGAUCGGCCAUGCGCUUUGGAUGGCUGGCACGCUUGACCAAAAUCAGAUCCAACGAAUUUUGUCCCGGGCCGCAAGUGAUUGGGGCGAUGCAAGCCGGAUUUACUGGGAGCCACGCUUUGAUUCCGCCUGGCACGACCAUAUUGAGAAAGCGUUGCAAGAUGUUGGGAAGGGUCCCGUCCGCCCGCCUAGUAUUUAG